AUGCCGUCGACUAAUUUGAUCAAGCGAGACUGGGAGAAGGACCACGUGUAUCUUGUGCAGUACCCGAGAGCCGGAGCAAUUCCGUCGCCGUCGCCGUACGCGCUGAAGCUCGAGACUUUCUUGCGUGUCGCCGACAUUCCGUACACGGUAAGUUCAAUCAAAAUAUUGUAUGGCUAAUUAUUCGUGGUGAUUUUGAUGCAUCUAAUGGAUUAGUUUGAUUUGGGUAUCAGUUUUUGCAUAGCAGAAACUCCGAAAAGAACUUGUCUUGGAAUACAACUGUGUCGAAAUGGAACUGCUUCCGUUUUUUGUCCCGAAAUAGAGAAUGAAUGAUUUCUUAUGAUAAAUCUUACAACCAAGACUUGUCUCGGUUCAAAACAACAACCUUUUCAUUGCAGAACAUCAACAGCGAGUUUAAGAAGACGUCGGCUCGCGGCCAAAUUCCGUUCAUCGAGCUGAACGGCCGUCAGCACGCGGACAGCUCGCUGAUCAUCGAUUCUCUUGUGGAGACGUACCACAAAACGCAUCUCGAGGAUCUGUCCCCGACCGACAAGGCCACCGCCCGCGCCUUCUAUGCUCUCCUCGAGCAUCACCUUCUGUGGGUCGUGUUCUUCUCGCGCGGACAGGAUCUCAGCUGGAUGGCCGGUCCGGGCGGUUACGGUCGCAUUCUGUCGGGAAUCAAGGCGUUCGCGUUCAAAAACGUGAUUCUCGGACAGUUCCAGAAGAAGAUCCGUGGGCGGUGUGCCGCGCAGGGCAUCGGCACCUUUACCAAGGAGGAAGUUGUGGAUCAGGCCAAGAAGGAUCUGGACGCGGUGUCCGCGCUGCUCGGCACUAAGCAAUAUCUCUUCGGCAACGACAUCAAGACCGUAAGUUUCUUCAUUUAAAAAUUGAGCUCAUCCAAAAUUCGAAUAUUGCAGAUCGACGCUGUGGCGUUCGCGCAUCUCGCCGAGCUCAUCUACACACCGCAAUUCAGCCCGGAAAUCAAGGCACACUUGGAGACGAACGCCGCGAAUCUGCUCGCCUACGUGGAUCGCAUCAAGGCAAAGUACUGGCCCGACUGGGAGGAGACGACCGAAACGCAGAAUAUGAACACCGACUGGAAGAAGUGA